GUCAAAUGGAAAUUUCAGCGUCAACCGUCCUCUGCCCAAACCACCUCUCGACGAGGAGCCACCUGCACUUCCUCCGAAAUCAGCCGCUUUACAACGGAAAAUAAACCAGCAGUCUCGACGUACGCAGCAACUGGAUGGGCAGCUUCCGGUGCCGAAGCGCUCGAGACCGUUAGAAACUGUGAAGGAGUAUGCUAGUCAAAGAGACUCUGAAGUAAUACGAGAUGAACUGGUCCUUCUGCUUCUCCAACUGAAUCGUGAGAAGGCCAACUUGACGAGGUGGCAAGAAUAUUUUACGGACCAGAUAAACAGCCUUCGGCCUUUGUGCAGCACAAAUCCGGCAGCAGCUGCAGAAAUGAACGAGAUCAUGAAGGAGUUGGAGGAUGUGGAAGGUCAGCUUGAAAUGACUCACCCUCUUGUGACUUUCAUGGACAACAUGAUCCGCCUGGGGGACCUCUAUGCCGGUGACGACGCCAUGUUUGCCACGGAAUAUCGAAAGCACCUACUCCGUCGCCAGGAAUAUACACCACUGAAAGCAAAUGUGAAUUUUAUGCGACAGCUCCAGGAAAAGGAAGUGGCCAAGGCUCUGAAUCGAGCCACCGAUAAUGCCACCCCCGCCCCGAACCCGUUAGGGCUUAUCACCACCGCUGACCUCCUCCGAGAUGGUGCUCAAACUCCAGUCAGUGGAACCAGAACGCCGACUAAUCUACUCGCAGAAUUCCCUGAGGAGCCGGCUUUCAGACAGCGUCGCUUGCAGUUGGAGGCCGAACUCGAAACCCUCGAAAGGAUCUGGGAGGGAAACGAGGCGGAUCAA